AUCAGCGCGAGCGAUUAGCUUAGUAUUCAGUAGGUUAACUCAGGUUAACACGAGGAGAUAAAGACACGGAAGUUAAGUUUCUACAAAAUAGCCCUUGAACCUGUCAAGAAACAGCAUGGUGUCGCUGACAGCGAGUUUUACCCGGAUAAUAUUAGUGCUGCAGAGUAAAGGUCGCUGGGCUUCCCUGACUGAUGGGUGUGAACAAUGAAUGGCCCUAUUUGUGUGAAAGUGUGAUCGCAUUAGCGCACAGCCUUUUCCAGCUGCAGCCAGGAGACAAUCACCAUGGACCCGUCCAAUCAGAAGCACUUCACCGUUGCAGACUAUGUUAUAUUUGCCAUCUUACUCGCCGCCUCUGUCGGCAUCGGGCUGUACUACGCCCUGUCUGGUGGGCGUCAGCGUACAACGCAGGAAUUCUUGAUGGCAGACAGGAGCAUGCACUGUCUUCCAGUCUCACUGUCGCUCAUCGCCUCCUUCCAGUCGGCUGUGGCGAUCAUAGGUGUUCCAGCUGAGAUCUACACUCAUGGCACUCAGUACUGGUUCAUUGGCUGUGCCUACUUUCUCGGUCUUGUCAUUCCAGCUCAUGUUUUUAUUCCCGUGUUGUACAGACUUCACCUCUCCAGCGCUUACCAGUAUCUUGAACUACGGUUCAGUAAAGCAGUGCGCAUCUGUGGAACUUUGACAUUCAUCUUUCAAAUGGUUGUCUAUAUGGGCGUUUGUGUGUACACACCUGCCUUUGCACUAAAUGCAGUUACUGGAUUUGAGUUGUGGGGAACAGUACUGGCCACUGGACUAGUGUGCACUGUGUACACAACAAUGGGCGGUUUGAAAGCUGUCAUCUGGACCGACGUCUUUCAGACUGUUGUGAUGUUUGCGGGGCAGCUGGCCGUCAUCGUGGUGGGAGUGCACCAGACUGGAGGAGUGUCAGAGGUCUGGAUGAAAGUGUGGGAGGGAAAUCGUAUAUCUGGUCUGGAUCUAAAUCCAGAUCCUACAGAGAGACACACCUUCUGGACUCUUGGCAUUGGCGGAGUCUUCCUCAUGCUGUCCCUGUAUGGAGUGAACCAGGCUCAGGUCCAAAGAUACCUCAGCUCGCGUUCGGAAAGAGAAGCUGUCAGAUCGUGUUAUAUGGCGUUCCCUUCCCUGCAGCUGGCUCUGGCUCUAAGCUGCAUCAUGGGGCUGGUCAUGUUUGCACGUUACUGUGGCAAAGACCUCUCUGAACAGCUGGGCAGCUCUUCGAGGGAUGCUAUGGUGAUCUACUUUGUGAUGGACAUGCUCCAAGGUCUACCGGGGCUGCCUGGACUCUUUGUUGCAUGCUUAUUCAGUGCCGCGCUCAGCACCAUAUCCUCUGCCUUCAACUCUUUGGCUACGGUGACAAUGGAGGACCUCAUCAAACCCCAUUUCCCAUCCAUGACAGAAGAGAGAGCAACCCUGCUGUCCAAAGCUUUAGCUACGUCCUAUGGGCUGCUGUGUUUGGCCAUGGCCUAUCUGACUCAUCUCAUGGGUGACUCAGUUUUACAGGUGGCUUUGAAAAUCUUCGGGAUGGUUGGUGGUCCUAUUCUAGGCCUGUUUUGUCUGGGAAUGUUCUUCCCAUGGGCCAAUUCUUCUGGUGCGUUGGCAGGUCUGGGUGCAGGUCUGGCUGUGGCUUUCUGGAUUGGCAUCGGGAGCAUCGUCACCCGUAGCUCUGGCUCCAGACCGCUGCCACCCACCUGUAGCGUCGUCCUGCCGUUGAACAACAUGACUGCUGCCAUUCAGACAGCACUCAGCAAUGUCACUCAGAGUCGACCAUCUGGGCUGAAGCGGUUUUAUUCAUUGUCCUACAUGUGGUACAGUGCAUUCAACUGCUUCACAGUCAUUGUCAUAGGCCUGAUCAUCAGCUUUCUUACAGGCCCAAUGAGGGAAGAGGAUGUAACUCCAGGAACAAUAUACCCCUUGUUUGGGAAACUGUUUUGUUUUCUACCCGAACACCUGAAGAAGAAGCUCUGCUGUGUGACUCCUCUGGGGCAAUCUAUCUCAGCCACCCAACGGUCUCCUCCACGACACAAAGAAAGUAACGGACAGGCCUUUCCACAUGAGGAUGGAGCAGCACGGGAGGAGACGGAGAGCUUUCUUUAUGAGGCUAACACUCCGUUUGUAGAAUAUGAAACAGCAUUGUGAAUUUCUUCACAUGAGGCUAAAAACAGUUCUUAAACAAAACACUUGGACUUAAAUAUACAUGUAUUUGUUUUGUGUAUUUUGAUGUUGGAUCUCAUUUCUUGUUUGCAUCGAGAACUGCUGCAAUGAGGCCAGAUUUUCUUUUUUUUUUUUCUUUUUUUACAUCCCCCAACUCCCUUAUCUCAUCAGAAAAUGAUUUGCAGCUGAGCCAGCCACCAUUGUAGAGUAAUAUCCUGUUUCCACAGAGUAUGUCUGUUUCACAAUCUUAAUCACAGAUUCCCACUCAGGUGUUUUUUUUUUGCUUGAAGGAUUUGUUUUUAUACUUUUGAAAACUGCACUACAUAGUUACAUUAGAACUGCAAGAAGCUCAGUGAGUUUGAGUGCGUGAGAUAUUUAAAUUUUUUCUGCAUUGUGUUGAUCAAAACUACAGUACUACAUCUGUGUGAAUGGUUCCAUGAGAUCGCUGCGCCUUAUGUUUUAAGAAAGAAUGAACUAUGAUUGUAACCCAGCUCAAACACGAUAAAACCCUUUUUUCUAAAAAUAAGGAAUAAAGAUUUUUACAGUUAAAAUUUU